AUGUCGAAUGAUAAUCACAAAACUGAACUAACCACCCUACUUAACGAACUAAUGUCUGAUAUUGACUCAAAGCCACUACACCCCAAAAAUAAACUGCUCCUCUACAGUCGCUACGUCUUGUCCAAGUUAGCCUGGCACUUCACCGUCGCAACACUCUCUAAAACAUGGGUUACUGAAAAUAUCGACUCUGUUGCCAACAAAUAUAUCCGCAGAUGGCUUGAAGUACCAAUAUCAGGAACACUAAGUACUGUCUUUCUAACAAAUAAUAAAUUUGGCCUGAGUAUUUAUCCUCCAUCUGUAAAAUUUAUCCAGUGUCAAACAGUCCUCCGAAAAGCUUUAAAAUCUUCUCCUAAUGAAUCAACUAACGACCUGUGGAAAGCAACCAGUAACCAUACUAAUAUCCAAUAUGACGCUUAUAACUCUACUAAGGAAGUUCUCAAAGAUUUCCGUUCUGGACACGAAAACAAACUCCUAAACCAAUUAACCAGUCAAGGAUCCUUUUUCUGCAGCGUCACGAAGUUCGCUUUACCUCAGCUUAGCAAGGGGUGGUCCGUCGCCCAAUCAAAGCUCCCGAAAAACAUUUACAACUUUACCAUUCGUUACAUUAACAACUCUCUUCCGACGCGUAAAAACCUAAACAGAUGGGCAAUAUCUUCAAAUUCAGACUGUUCUUUUUGUCUUAGCCCUGAAACAUUACUACACAUAGUAGCUGGAUGUCAGUUUUAUCUCGACCGAUUUACGUGGAGACACAAUUCAGUCCUGAACUUUCUUGCUCAUCAGUUACAAACUGUUGACGGUUCUACUCUCUACGCUGAUCUAAAUGGAUUCAAAAGCCCUUCAAUACUUGCUGGUGAUACGUAUCGCCCAGAUUUGUUAUUAUCGUGCUCUAAUGGUUCCUUAUAUGUGGUUGAACUCACCACUGGUUAUGAGACAAACCUCAAAAACAAUGUAAAACGGAAGAAGGAUAAAUAUAGAGAAUUAUUGAGACAGCUAG